AUGGGAAACGAUCAUUCUGCUGUUGCCAACGUGGAUGUCCGAGCGAGAAGGAGUCUUGAUUCGGGAAUGGUAAAUAAGGCAAAACAUUCGUGUAGCACACCACGUCCAUCAGUCCAACUUCCACCUCCAUCUCCAAAUCAACAUCGUCUAUCGACGGACUACUCGAAUAGUUCCUCACCACGCCGCUCCUUCAGCGAACAAAUGGGCAAUAACGUGCCGUCACGGCGAAUGAGCAGAGCUACCGUUCAUCUGGAAAACAGUAACGGAAUCGAGAACAUGUCGUUCAUCGAUGCAAUUCACCUUUCGCCACAUCAAGUCCAGCUUCUGACCUCAACAUGGCCACGUAUCAAAACUCAAAGUCAUUUAUUUACUCAGGUCUUCAAAGUUCUGAUGCAGCGUUCUCCAGUCUGUCGGGAGAUGUUCCAGAAGAUGUCCAUCGUCGGAGGAUUCAGCAGCAACUCGGUUUGCGAUCUCAACUCACACGCAAAACUCCUCUCUGAACUUCUCGAUUCCCUCAUGACAGAUCUCCAGCAACCAGCGAAGAUCGUAUUGGCAAAGUGCCAGGACGUCGGAGCAGCACAUGUCAAUAUGAACGAGAAGUGCUUUGAUCAAAAAGUCGAAUGUGUUCGUUCGAAACGGGAGGCAGUGAAAAGCUGGAUGUGUGUGAUAUCGUACAUGGCAGACAGUAUCAAGAGUGGAUACAUGGAGGAAUGGGCGAAAAAGAAGCGUAGCAACAAUCAUCCACCUCCACAGAAUUAUCAAGCUGCUGGAGGAUCAUGUCCAUAUGCCUAA